CACGCGCUGUCGAGAAAUGAGCAUCCCACCAGUCAAAAGCAACGACAAAGCCGACACGAAUCUGCCCUCAGCCUGUCGCCUAGCCAAACGGGCUACCAUGAGCCUAGAACCCUGUCCGACUGCAAGCAAAGGCUCGGAUACUGCCUUGGCCCAUGCCACGACGACGCCCUCCUCCUACGUAACAUCCCACCUGCGGGUUCCAACACGUCGCCGGCAGAUGUUAACGUUGACGUAACGUGGUGACACAGACCGAAUCACAUCCGAAAUGGGCGUCGUGCAGACACACUCGUCGCACGCGGCAGCAAUUCAGGAAGGGUCUUCUCCAGCAACCUGCUGCAAACCGAAAGGUAUUGUCAGCAAAGGCAAAAGACCUUGCAUAUCACGAUCCGGUGCGCGGCAGCAAAGCUUCUGAAGCCCUCCACUGUUGAGACCGUUGAACUCAAUCAGAAUGUCAUGCUCGUCGAUCGACAGCCCUAGGACAAUGUUGACACCAGUGGGAAACCCUGAUCCCUUCGCUAAUAUCUUGUGUCACAAGCUAGGCCACAUGGCAGGAGAUCAAAUCAGACUAAUCCGCGUUGCACCAUGCUGGAAGAGGUGGCGAAUACACAAUGCAGCCAGCGGGAACUGGACGGUGCUCAAAUCCCCCAUUCACCACAUACGUUGCACCAGGGUCUUUCUUGGGGGAAGAAGGGAACCAGCAGACAAGGGUCCACAAUGGUAACACGGACUGGACAAGCCAGGAUCUGCCCUUUGCAGAGGGCCUCAGAGUAUGUCUCGAAGCAAACAAAUACGAGUCCCUUCAAAUUGACUCUGCGGACACGUUUUUCCAUGGAAGCCUCCAUCAUUCCUGCUCAAUCGGCAUCCUCUGCGACCUGUCUGCCUCAUGUCACUCCCAGUGGACGAUCAUGACUCGGUCCCCGACCCUGAUUCUGAGCCAGAGGUCCCCAUAGACGCCGCAGACGAGGUUGACUCGGCCCUUGGAGAUGAAGAUGAUCUUUUGUCCACGUCUUCUCUGACUUCAAGCGUCUUUGAUUACAUUCAGGAACAUGGCAGAACAUACAACGCUUACGGCGAGCGAAGUACGUCACUGGACCAUUCCUGAACCUGGAACUAAUUUCUCUACAGCGUAUGUCCUGCCCAAUGAUGAGAUUGAGCUAGAUCGUCUAGACCUCCAACAUCAUCUACUCAAGAUGACCUUCAAUAACCAACUAUCGACCUGUGGUGUUGAGAAGAAGAGAGAUUUGCACCGAGUUCUAGAUAUCGGUACCGGCACGGGCAUUUGGUCUGUCGAAUUCGGUGAUCUUCAUCCGGAAGCCAUCGUGCUAGGAGUGGAUGUCAGCCCUGUGCAACCCACGUACAGCGUGCCGCCCAACGUGAGGUUCGAAGUGAUGGACGUUGGCCAGCCAUGGGUCUUCAGCUACCAAUUCGAUUUCAUCUUCAGCCGAUUCAUGACGGGUGCUGUUGCAGAUUGGCGCGGAUUCAUUCGGCAAUGCUACGAAAACCUUGCCCCAGGCGCGAUGCUCGAGGUUCAGGAUAUCUCGUUCCAUCUCGCGUGUGAGGACGGAACCCUUCCCGCGGACUCGGCACUAGCCAAAUGGGCAGCGUACAUGCUUGAAGCAAGUAAGCAGCUGGGGUGUCCCCUUGACAGUGUCGAGUCAGUGAGGAGAAUUAUGAUUGAGACCGGAUUCGUCGACGUGGAGGAAACGCCCUACAUCUGGCCCAUGAGCCCCUGGAAGAAAGAUCCGACAUUGAAGAAGAUCGGAGUCUGGACUUACCACAAUUUCACAACGUCUCUGUCGGGCAUCAGCCUGGCCCUUUUUACACGAGGUUUGGCUUGGACGGCAGAUGAGCUGGAGGCAUUUCUGAUCGACGUCCGAAAAGACAUGCGGAACACGAGGUAUCAUGCGUUCUGGCCCAUAUACUGCAUCAGUGGGACAAAGCCCGAAUAGCCUAGCCGACUCAGGACGCCAGCAUGUUGUAGACCGGCAGAUGUGGUUGGGAUAUUUCUUUCGUAGUCUGGGCGGCUGUAAGCGAGCUGGAGGAGCUGGGCACUUAGUACUCGGUAGCAGUAAUGACUUGGUGGCCAUAUGCAACAGAGAUGCAAGUGAAUGGAAACAAACCCUCACCAGGA